CGGAAUAUUAGGCUAUUUCAUAGGCUAUUGAACGCGCCCUAUCUCACACAGUGACCUUCUCUCUAAAUAAGAUUAGCGACUGAGAGUAUAGUUACCAGAUCGUAAACUGUGUGUGACCUGAAGCAAUACAUGUUGACUGUUACUGCAUAGACGGGACUGCAGAUGUCCACGCGAAGUCUCUGAUUUGUGGAUUUAACCUAAAAGGAUAUGGAAAAUAUAAAGGCGGAAAACGAUGCAUUGAUUAGUAGCUACAGGUUAAACACUUUAUGUCACGGGACAGGACAGGAAAUUGACUCGCUGAGCCAUCAGAUAUGCUUGACAGACAGUACAAUUGCAGAUCUUGAAGCGAGAUUGGGAAAAUACGAGGGCACAUGUAAGAAGGUGGAAACAGAGGAACCUGUGAUAUUAGGACAUUCUAAACGUUCGUUGGAGAGUUUGUGCAAUGAAGCACGUAAUCUGAAGCAAAUACUGCCAGAUAGGCCUACAGAGACGCACGCUGCCCAGCAAUCGAAGACGAACAAAUUCGAGAUCGACCGUCUACAGCAACACGCUUGGGAAACCGAGUGGGAGAUAUCAGGAAUCGCGGGCAGGCAGCAGCUCCAGAGGGAGUUUAGAAGGGGGACGCACGGGGGCCAGUGGACGUCCAAGGACGAGCAGGACCGGUUCUACAGCUCUCUGGAGGAGAACCAGCUGAGGGCCCAACUUGCUGCCACGAUCGCAGUGUGUCAAGAGCUGUUGAUGAGGCUGGAGAGGAAUGGGUCACCGGAUAAAGGAACACAUGACCUGCAGUUUCAAGAGUUUACUGAUUCUUCAAAAGCUGCUAAUCUCAACACCGUAGUCUGCAAACUGAAGGAGGAAAACAGAGAGCUGAAGCAGAGAAUAGCAUAUGUAGAGAACCUGAAUUCGAAAUGGCAGAAGUAUGACCUGAGCAGAGAAGAGUACGUGAAAGGACUGUGCAAGAGGCUGAAGGAGUCCAACCCCUUGGCCGAUCUGGGGGCGGGGUUAGGGGCAGGGGCGGGGCCAGUACUGGUCAGAAGCACGCUGCUGCAACAGGAGAUCGUAAGACUGAACCGCCUCCUGGAUGAAAAGAUGAACGACUGCACUAAGCUCAGCAGGGAGCUGGAGGACUCCAGGAAACAGGACCAGGAAAGAAUCCAGACUCUGGAGCAGCAGGUACUCAUCUAUACGGAUGACUUUAAGUCUGAGCGUGCUGAUCGGGAGAGGGCACAAAGCAGAGUCCAGGACCUGCAGGAGGAGGUGUUGCGCCUCCAGCAGAAACUCUGUAAAAAACAGCAGGAGCGGAGGGAUCCACCGGCGGCGUGCUGCGUGCACAUCGGACACAGAAUGUCCGCACACGUGCAGGCGGACGGCGCCGAGCCACGGGUCCAGCCGGGGCCGCAGAGGUCGAGCCGACAGCCGGCUACGGUUCGGACCGAUCGGCAAGCCUUAACGGACCUACAGUGCCCGCGAUGUUUCGCUUCCUAUGACGAGGAGCACACGGCGGAGUUCCUGAAGCACUGGGACAUGUGUGCCAAUUUAUGACAGGAAACAGGAAGUGACAUCAAGACCUUGUUUUAGUAAAACCACUACAUGUCCACGACAUGUGACUAAUUGCACAUCUUGAUUAUUUUCAAAGAACUCACGUUUUGGUACUGUUUUGGAGCAUAUUCCAAAUGCACGUAAGUACAUAUGAGCUUUAUGGACUUGGAUUUGUAGACUUGCUGAAGUAAUCCAUUUUAAAGCAAAAUUCAGCAUAUGGACCACCAAAAUUCAUCUUACUGCAGGCUGUGUAAAGAUGGCUUGGUUCCAUAUAAUUGUUCUGAAACAGCUGAAUUACACUUCAAUGGCACUUACAUUUUUCCUGGAAGAUAAUAAAACAGUAUGUUGUACAAUUUUGUCAAUUAAAAAAAAAAAAUUUAUAUUUUUGAUAGUAAAAAGUAAGCUCUAUAGACACGUAAUUGGAUUGAACCCAAAGCUGGUCACCGGAUAUACCUCAGUAAAAAAGUAUUUUGUAUUGGACAGUGUUGCGAACUCUGCACUUUCCUGACAUCACAAGGGUGUCGUAAUAAUAAUUUCCAAAACAGAUCAUUUAACAUGUAUUUUUGAAAAUUACAUAAGCUUUUUAGAGAGUUUCUUUAUGGUCAUGAUGCUGCUUAUCUAACUGUGAUAUUGGUAAUGUUGUAGACUAUAUUUUGCGUAUUGGAUUUUAUUUAGUAUGUUGUAUAUGAAAUUCCUUUGUAUUUAUAAAGUUAUAUAUUUAUAUACAGUCCAUCCUGCCAAUAUAUAUUGCUUGUUCUAUACCUGACUUAUUGCAACAUUAAGAGUUUUUGUGUCUCCAACUAAUUAUUUGUAUUGUGCUGUUUUGCAGCAGUAUACCCUUUCAUUCUCUGAAGGCUCCUUAAAUAAUGGGUGCUUAUGAUGAUGAAAGCCUACAAUUAAAAAUAAAAAGAAUAAUAAAUGACCUUCAACAUUCAA